GUCGGUCUUAUCAGGGCAUAAAUGAAGAAAUAAUAUGGGUCAGCAUAGGAAUGGGGAUUGCAAUCGCCGUUCUAAUUACGAUAGCGCUGUGCUACAUCAUGAGGGAGAAAUGUAUCGAACGGCGAGAGUAUUAUAUUACAGCAUGAAUGGUAGUUCCAAUGGAGAUGGGUUGGAUGCACCGGGAGUCGAACUCAGGUUAUUGCCUUAGCAUUUUGCUCCAUCAGCUCAGUUCCUGGAGAAACUUAGAAGAACUCAAUGGAGUUUCUGUUUGAAGACAUGAUUUUAUAUUCAAAAUGUCUAAGGUUAUCAUGUAUUUCAAUUAUCCAUCUAUUAGAAAUUCACUAGAUUCAUUCUUGCCAAGUGUAUAAACAUAAAUUUAAGCCUAGAUAUCUGAAUACAAACAACUUGACUGAAUUAUAGCAGUCGGUUAUAAUAACUUGUGAUAAACUAUAACACUUCAAAUAAAUCGAACCACAAAGAUUCGUUGAAUAGUUAUUCAGAGAAUCAUUUUGGUUCCGUAAUGAAGAUGUCUAAUAUAACGUGCCAGUGAAGUAUUCAGUACUAUAACAAAGGUAUGCAUCUCACCGAUCAGUGGCCGUUUUCAACCUAAUUUGAGUAUCGAUAUGCUGUAGACCUGAACCACUGAAAUUGGAGUAAAAGUUCUGUAUCAUGAAUAAAAGUAAAAAGAGACCAGUUGAGACAUUCGUAAGAAUAUAAAAAGUUCAUAUUGGUCUCUCAUUCAAGGAUGUUUUCCAGAUAAACGUUUUACCUAUUUCGACAUUCAUAUCUCUGUAAAAACGUUUGUAUUCUACUUCUACAUUGAAAUAUGAAGAAUGGGAAUUUCCAAAGAAGGGAAAACAAAACUGUACAGGUGAAUGUGUACUCACGCAAUUUCUUUCAAAUACAAACUAAAAAAAUGUGUUUGAAACAUCUACUUUCCAUCACGAAUUGUACGUAACUACUUUCCAUCACGAAUUAUAGGGAAAUUUCUCAUAUAUAACACCCAGAAGCCAAAUUACAAUAUAAUACACAUAGAAGCUCAAGAAAGUGCAUUCCGCAAAAGUCGAUUGUCAAUUUUUUCAUAAAAGAAUGUCGCAAAUAUUCCAAAUAGAAGAAGUUGAUUAAAGUGUGCGAAACUCAGUAGCAAUUGUUAAAUAUUGUUAAAUUACAUUCAUUAGAACACAACAUUUAAAAGGUGGCAUUAGAUAUACUUGAAGAGCUCUACGUAAAUGUAAGAUUCCGAUUUUACAGGAGGAAUUACCUUCAUUUGGCAAAUAUUAUUGUUGAUUCCGUUCAUCUUCCUCAUUUCUACUUCAUAAAUUUCAUUUUUUUACUGGAAAAUACUCUCAAAAUAUUUUUUGUUGUUGUUCUCUAUACACUUUAGUUUUAGUGAAAAAUGUCGACCUUCUGAUUUGGAUACCAAGAUGAAGAAGAGUAGUAUGUAUGAAAAUAUCAUCUGACAGGAGAAAAUUCUUAAUGAAAAAACGCCAAAAUUCGAAAGGAUGAAAUUGAAAUCGAACUUUUUGUUGAGAUUAAUUUGAAUUAGAGACAAUUGUCAGUU